CCGCACGUAGCCUUACCUCUUCCUAGCAGCGCCAUGUCUUGAGAUAUCCGCCAUCUCUCGUCCUUCGGCGGCUUCGAAGCGCCGUUGCCAAACAGCACAGUCUCCCUCUACAGGUUGUUGUGUUAGUGAUUAUCUGAUGCCAGCUGCCUAGGUAGGUGCCUACCUCGGUACCUACCAACACAUCCAACUCCUCGAAAAGCCAUUUUGCCCCGUCGAAAUAAUCCCUCUGCCGUGGAGCCGAUAUCAUUUUCAACAGAAGAAACAUGUAUCUCAUCAACACAAACACGUACCGUCUCAGGGAGUUCCAGGACCUGGCCGAGGUUCCCCCGUACGCAAUCCUUUCGCACACCUGGGGCACAGACGAAGUCCUCUUCAAGGACAUGCAAGGGGAUUCCAACUCGGCCAAGGCCAAAAACGGGUACAGGAAGGUGGAGGGAAUGUGCAAGAAAGCACUGGCUCACGGAUACGACUACGCCUGGAUCGAUUCAUGCUGCAUCGACAAGUCCAGCAGCGCUGAGCUGAGCGAGGCCAUCAACUCCAUGUUCCUCUGGUACAAGGAGGCGGCAGUAUGCUAUGCCUACAUCGAGGACAUGCCGGCGCCAAAGUCACGGGGCCUGACCCGCGCCGAGGUUGUCGACCACCUGAGGCGCUCCAGGUGGUUCGGCCGAGGCUGGACCCUGCAGGAGCUUCUGGCCCCGGCAACCGUCAUCUUCUACGACUCGGCCUGGCGCAACGUCGGCACCAAGGCCGGGUUCGCCAUCGAUAUCUCCGAGUUCACCAAUAUCCACCUCACCGCCCUCCUGAGGCCGGACGAGCUCUCGGCCUUCAGCGUGGCCCAGCGCAUGUCGUGGGCCGCGGGGAGGACGACGACGCGCGUCGAGGACAGGGCCUACUCUCUCUUCGGCCUCUUCGACGUCAACCUGCCCCCGCUCUACGGCGAGCGGGACAAGGCCUUCCUGCGUCUCCAGCAGGAGAUCAUCAAGCAGAACCCCGAUCUCAGCAUCCUCUGCUGGGAUUCCCUCCCCCGCUACGGCCCUUCGGUCCUACCCAAACCUCCCUACAGUCUAUUCGCCGCCUCCCCGGAUGAUUUCGAGCACUGCAAAAGUAUUGACUCGGGCCUUAUGUCUCGCGUAGGCGCCAUCGCAACAGUCCAGGACCUCCACAUUAUAGAUGCGAACGUAAUCAGCAUUGCGGAGAUGGUGUCUGCCGAGCUUGACGAGCCAGGUGGUCGAUCGCUGCCGCCAGACGAACUCUUCAGCGACUCGGGUCACGUUAGAAGAUAUGUGCUUCACCUCGCAAGCGAUCACCGAAGAGGUAUUACUUACGGGAUUUACCUCAAAAAGAUCCAACCUUGUCGCUUCACCAGAGAUCUGGCUCUGCCCAUCUUCACCAUCGGACCAGGCGAUACCGUAACUUCGCGGGCCACCAAGUGGCUGGCAGAUACGCUCCAGCGAGAUGUGUUCAUCAGCAUGCAACCAGAUUCACCCCAGCGUCGAGACCCUGCGACAGACGGCGUUUACCUCCCAUUUUUAAAUCUGAUGCCGUGGUGGAUAAAGGGGAACCCCUUUGAUCUAACACCGUUGGAUUGCGUAAGGCGUCUUGGGUUUCAUCCAACGGGCGACCAAUGCAUCGUGCUUGCCUUGUCCGUUCCGGUGGACAAGACGAGCGUGGAUGUGCUGCUCGUUCUGACCUGGGAACAAGGCUGGGUUGGGCAACUGAUGACUGGUGCGGAGCAUCCGAAAGCGUACAAGUAUUUUCUCAAGCGUUCCAGGUCAGAACAAUUGUUACGGUAUAAAAUUCCAUCGAGCACCGGCAUAGCCUACAUACCAGGCUACACUAUCUCGGAAAUCUGUGGCGAGCAGUGGAAGAUCAGCGUUUCGGUGACGGAUGAGGCCGAGCUCCUCCCGCACGUCUCGGAAACGGGGUUGGUUUAUGUCGCCGAGUUAUGGGUCGAAAAGAUUGGUAGCGGUGAACGAUUCAAGGUAGAGUCGUUGUGAUUAUAUCACCAUUUCUACCCGAGCUAGCAACGCUAUUAAAGCACUGGCGAGACCGCCGCCCGAGGCAUUUUCCCGAAGUUGUAUUCGUUUCUUUCUACGUAGGAUAUCCUACCCAUGCGCCUCUUCACUAGCAUUAACUCAGAACAGGCCUCAUUGAACGCCACGUCACACGUACCGCUAGCCCAGAACACACCCGUCUAUCUAACCAACGCUGAGGGAAUCCCGCACAAGACGCAGAGACUCAGCCUUCAACAAUACCUCGACCGACGCCAAAAUCGACGCAGAGAGAGUUUCCAAAGGUGGCCUUGCGACUCUCCCUCCGUCCGAGGUAGAAGGUCUCCCCGGGCCGGAGCCGGAGGUUGAGGAGCGCGGUCCCGUCCUCGGGCGGGUUGUCGGCCACGACGCUGUCGCGCAUCUCGGGCAGCAGGUCGAACGUGACGUAGAAGCGGCCGUGCACGUCCUCCUCGGGCCUCUCAGCGCCCUGCUCGACUAGGACCCAGUCGACGCGACCGCCCUGCAGGCGGAGGACCUCGUUAUACGUCUCGAGCUGCCGGACAAAGACAGGGCCGGCAGGCUGGGAUGAGGCUGGGGGCGGCGGCGCCUCGAAGGGCGAGACAUGCAGGCGCCAGACGUCGCCGGAAAAGGUCAGGUGCUGGCCGCCGGGGGCGUCGGUGAUGCGCUUGACCUCCAUGAUGUCGACGCCGCCGUCGAGCUCGCCGACGUACCGCCGCACCCGG